AUGGCCUCACCGCAGCGAUUCGGGGCGUCGUCGACGUAUCCAUACAUGUUGGUGCAGUGCACGUGGGACCUGCCACCGGACCUGUGCAAGCAGUGCCUGCAGGUGUUGUUCUCCAGUUGGUCGAAGGACAGGGUUUCCCUAGAUGGCAAGCGCAGGAGCUAUAGCUGUGCUGCUAGGUACGGCAACACCAGCUUCGUGGUUGUGCCGCUCGGUGGUGCCCCUAAGCCGCAAUCUGUAGAUCAAGCGACCAGAUCAGCUACUCAGUCAGGUUCUCUGACAGCUGGCGUGGUGGGUUCUGUAGUUGGCCUAAUUUUGUUGGCUUGUUUCACUUACCAACAAUUGGUGGGUGCAACCCGUGACUUCGCAGACACGCGAAGGCUUGGACAGGGUGCCUUUGGUGUUGUCUAUAAAGGUGCAGUGAUGGUGCAAGACAAAGAGGUGGACGUGGCUAUAAAAACGGCACUUGUUGUGUCAGAUGAAGCUAGGGCUGCCUUUAAGAACGAGGUUGAGAUUAUGAGCCCGCUGAACCAUUCCAACAUUAUACGUCUUGUGGGUUCGUGCGACGAAGAGGACAAUCUCUUGCUUGUUUACGAACUAGUGGAGGAUCGCAACCUUCAGGCUCGGCUUUAG